GAGAGAGAAAGAGUCACAGAGCUAUCUAACCCUGCCCACUUUCCACAAAACCAUUCAACUCCGGCACAGAGCACUGUGUGCUGUCAGGUUGCUCUAGAGAUCUGCGCUUCAGCUGCUUGCUGCUCUCUCUCUCACGCACAGCUCUGCCACAGGACCAGUAAACUGGACCAGAGAAAAACCGCACAGGGACUCAACCACGGACCUGAGCCCUCAGAACAAGUCUCAAGCUCAACAUCUGGAGCCAAAACACAGAACAAAUCACAGAACUCAUUUGUUCCAGUGCAGGACCAUCAGAGAACUACUACUACUUCUUCACCAGCUUAAGCAACUUAAUCAAAAUGGCAGCGUCGAUCAAAUGAGGAUUAUUUUAGGACUCUUACCUUGCUGUUACGUGUGUGAGUGUAAUUUCAGGUAAAGUCCAGCAGCAGUUAUUGAGUGCUGCUCCAAGCCAAGGUUGCCCUGUCUCUCCUUUGUGUCCCCAGGAUGUCUCUUCUGUUCAUGUCUGCUUUGCUGUUGCUCCUCUUGGGUUGCUUGUCAGGCAGUUGUUCUCCCACUCCAGGUGGGACAUUAGAGACACAGGGGAAUGUAAUGCUCCAACACCAGCAUCAAACUGAGUCCCAGGACAACGAGCAGACAGGUCCCGCCGUGACCCCCUGUCCGUCCUGCGCUCUGAGCCAAGUACAGAAGGAGGCGACAGACUCAGACGGCCAGUCAGACAUGGUAGAGGCGGUGAAGAGACACAUCUUGAACAUGCUGCAUUUAAGCGCGCGGCCCAACAUCACGCAUCCGGUGCCCCGCGCUGCCUUGCUCAAUGCGAUCCGCAAGCUUCACGUAGGGAGAGUGAGUGAGGAUGGCAGUGUAGAGAUGGAAGAAGAGAGCGGGGGGGACCAGGGGGGGCAGUCUGACGAACAGCCGUCUGAAAUAAUCACCUUUGCCGAACCAGGUGAUACUCCCGACGUGGUGAAGUUUGACAUAUCCAGAGAGGGCAGUGCUCAGUCAGUGGUGGAACAAGCCAACGUCUGGCUUUUUGUGAAGUUGGCAAAGGGCAGUCGGGCGAAAGGCAAGGUCUCCAUCCAGCUGCUGGAGAGCAGACCAGGCCUGGGAGGACAGCUCCAGGAGGAGAUAGUAUCUGAGAAGGCGGUGGACGUCCGGCGCAGUGGUUGGCACACGCUUUCGGUGGCCCGUGACGUGCAAGCGUUGCUAGACGGGGAGAACAGCGUGCUGAACCUGCGCGUAUCUUGCCCGCUCUGCGCGGAAGCUGGUGCCACGCCAAUUCUUGCGCCGGCAGCAGGGGUGGGGGAGAAGGUAAAGGAGAGAGAGCAGUCCCACAGGCCUUUCCUCAUGGUGGUCCUGAGGCCCAAAGUAGAACCCCUCCACCGACGCAGCAAGCGCGGCCUGGAAUGCGACGGCAAGAUCCGCAUCUGCUGCAAGAGGCAGUUCUACGUUAACUUCAAGGACAUCGGCUGGAGCGACUGGAUCAUAGCGCCAUCGGGUUACCAUGCCAACUACUGUGAGGGUGACUGCCCCAGCCACGUGGCCAGCAUCACGGGGACCUCGCUGUCCUUCCAUUCUACGGUUAUCAAUCAUUACCGCAUGCGUGGCUACAGUCCUUUCACCAACAUUAAAUCCUGCUGCGUGCCCACGCGUCUACGGGCCAUGUCCAUGCUGUACUACAAUGAAGAGCAGAAGAUCAUUAAAAAAGACAUUCAGAAUAUGAUAGUGGAGGAAUGCGGCUGCUCGUAGAGCAGGAAAGACUCAGAUCGUACUGUAAUAAAUUAUACUAAAUGUUGGUACAAAGCACAUUGAGGAGGACUGACAGUCUGUUACGACCUUCAGAGACAAACUCUCAUUGAGACUUUAUCACUGAACUCGCAUGAGUCUUUUUUUUUUUUUUUGUGAGAUGUUUUUGAACUAUUCCAAUGGAUGCCAUUUGAUUGGAGUAGACUAUCUGGCACUUUGAUAUAAAAAUAAAGAAAAAAAAAAGUAAUACAUAAUAUAUUUUUGUUAUAAAAUGAAGAGCGAGAAUGAGAAGGACUAUGUGUAUAGCUAAAGCAAAGUGUCAUUCCUGAUUUGCUGCACUGCAAUAAAGAGACAGAAUGAAGGAAUUCAUUUCCUGAGAAAACUGAACUAUGCAACUUUGUCAAGUAUUAUUGGAUUGUAUGUUAAUGUUGCAUUUGUUUCUUAAGGUUUUUUUUUCCCUGUGUUGUAAAUCUACUUAAACAAAAGGAGGAAUUUUCAUGACGUUUUAAACAUAACACCAUAUUUUUCUUUUUGUCUUUCUUUUAUUGAAAGAU